CCUCCGCCAGCGUCAGCAAAAGUGGAUGGGCAGGACUGUGCCUGCUGCUAUCAGGUUUCCCUCUACCCCAGUCACUCCUCCCUCUUACAGCUGUAGGGGUGCACCUGGCCAAGGAAGAUGCCGCUGCAGGCUGUCCCUGGGUUAAUGUGGCUCUGGCAGAACAUGCCCUUUCAGACACUGGUCAUGUUCUUAGGCCUGUUCCUGCUGAUUGCUGAUUGCAUGAAAAGGAGACGGCCGAAGAAUUUCCCUCCAGGACCUUUGCCCCUGCCGUUCCUGGGCCACAUACUUCAUCUGGAUUUCAAACAGAGCCAUAGGACUAUAGAGAAGCUUGCUGGAAAAUAUGGCAACAUUUUCAGCUUGCAGUUUGGUAACCUGACAUUUGUGAUUGUAAAUGGAUUCCAGCUGGUGAAGGAAGUGCUUGUCCAUCAGGGUGAAUACUUUCUUGAUCGCCCACAAAUUCCUCUUAUCUACGAAAUCUUUGGUACAUUUGGAUUACUCUCCUCUAAUGGGCAUGUCUGGAAACAACAAAGAAGAUUUGCUUUAUCAACUCUAAGAAACUUUGGCGUGGGGAAGAGGAGCUUAGAAGAACGAAUACAGGAGGAGAGCAGAUACCUCACAGAUGCAAUUGAGGAAGAAAAAGGGCAACCUUUUGACCCUCACUUUAAAAUUAAUAAUGCUGUUUCCAACAUAAUCUGUUCCGUCACUUUUGGGGACCGGUUUGAAUAUCAUGAUAGUCACUUCCAGAAGUUACUGCGGUUGUUUGAUGAGACUUUGUACCUCCAGGGAACUAUUUGGAACCAGCUGUAUAACACCUUCCCGACCAUAAUGAAGUGGAUACCUGGACCCCAUCACACCAUUUUUAAAAACUGGGAAAAUAUGAAGUGUUUUGUGGGGGAAAUGAUUGCAAAGCACAAAGAGGACUGGAAUCCAUCUGAACCCAGAGACUUCAUUGACUGUUAUCUGAAGGAAAUAGCAAAGGCCGAUGCCGACCCUAGUUUCCAUGAAGAAAAUCUUGUAUUUUCCACACUGGAUAUUUUUUUUGCUGGAACUGAGACAACGUCUACAACCAUCCGCUGGGCUCUGCUGUACAUGGCCCUAUAUCCUGACGUUCAAGAGAGAGUGCAAGCAGAGAUUGAUGCAGUGAUUGGCCAGUCUCGCCAGCCAGCCAUGGACGACAGGGACAACAUGCCAUACACCAAUGCAGUUAUUCAUGAAGUGCAAAGGAUAAGCAACAUCGUGCCUUUGAAUGUGCCCAGAAUGGCAACUAGUGACACAACACUGGCCGGAUUCUAUGUGCCAAAAGGCACCGUUUUGAUUCCAAAUUUGACAUCAGUGCUGUUUGACAAGAAUGAGUGGGAAACCCCUGAUACUUUUAAUCCUAAGCAUUUCCUGGAGGAUGGUCAGUUCAAGAAGAGAGAAAGUUUCCUGCCCUUCUCUGCAGGAAAGCGCGGUUGCCUUGGCGAGCAGUUGGCUAGAAUAGAGCUGUUCCUGUUCUUCACUGCCCUCCUUCAGAAAUUCACAUUCCAAGCUCCGAAGGACGUGAAGCUAAGCCUUAAAUUCAGAAUGGGAAUUACUCUCAGCCCACAGCCAUACAAGAUCUGUGCGCUGUCUCGCUAGGAAAAGCCAGGAAAUUUUUGUCAUUGCCCCAUUUCUUAAAAUAAUUACGCUUUGCUGUGCUUGUAUAUAGGGCUGCAUCGGCAGUUCACUAUGUCUCCAAAUUUCCCUGCCUGCCUCCGUUAUUACAACCCAACAGGGGACCAAUAUCAGCAAUUGGAUGAUUUGGGAACCUGAUAUUGGAAGGGGCUGUGGCUGUUAUGAUACAUCCUACCAUGACGGCAGCUCUUCCUGAUGUCCCUGCCACACCAGUCUGUGUGCAUGCACACUCAGGAUGGCCGAGGAAUUGUCACUCCCAUAUCAAUCUGGUUGAAAAAAGGUAAGUAUAUUUCAUGAAUUCUUUCAGAAGGAACAUUUUGUUUCAUUUGCAGUUUUUCAUGAAAUAUUUACUUUUUCAAUGGAAACUUUUCAAAACAAUUUAAAAAAUAUAUGACUGGUGUGAAAAAAACACGACCUUUUCUCUCACUUUUUAAUGGGGGGUAGGGAGAAUCUAAAGACAGGAGAGAAAGUGGGAUUUUCCCUACCAACACAAAAUGUAAAAAGUGACAUUUCUUUGAAAAAUGAAAAAUUUCAACUGAGAUUGAAAUAUUUCUGCAGGAUUUUUUUUUUUUUAAUCAAAAAGACUUGACAUGAGUAUAACCCCACCAACCCGUAAAAUCCCCUACUAGAGUCCCAGUGCUGUCACUGUACACAACACCCCCUGAACACAAAAAGCACUUUUCCCUUCUCUAGAUCUCCUAUCUAAGAAGCUAUGUAUCCAGCUGUAGUGUCCGUAUCUCCUGGCUCCCACUACUGUGCCUACAUGAAAAGACCAUUUAUCCUGCACUUGCAAUAGUAGAUGCUUAGUUCACGUAAAUAUAAUCACCGUUAUUUGAAAAGUAAUUUCCCUUUGGCUCCUUCUUUUUCCCCCCUAUCGCUUGUGUGUGGGAAUGCUUGCAUGUGCCUGUGCCUAUUUUCUCUCAUAAAGUUGUUCGACUUUCUGAAAUAGCAUCAGACUUCUGUGAAUGGUGGUUCAUGAAGCCAGCCAUUUUCACCAGUUCCCCCCAACCACCUGCUAAAAACCCAAGGUCAGUGGAAUGCCAUUAGAGUUCAGGACAUUUUUCUUCCCCAGUCAAGUUGCAUCGUGCUUUUCCCAUUUAUUCUGCUCUAAAACCUCAUCAGCCUAAUCCUGAACCAGAUGGGAGGCUGGUGAGGAACAAUAGUUUUCCCUAGUGCUGACUAUGGCUAACUAUUACUAAAAUGUUUUAGAGAAACACCGUGUACACAUACACAUGCAUGUAUGUGUAUUUUUAGGUUAUUUUGAUCAUGUGUCUUACCUUAUCCUAACACAUCACCGCAGUGCAGACUACAGGGGUGUGAAUUGUAGAGCAAUAUGACAUGAAAACACAAAUGGCAGAUUAAAGCUUUUAAUCACAAAGGCACUACAAAUACCAGCCAGGUUGAUUAAAAACCAACCAGAUGGCAACCUUACCUAUGAUACAUGCACACAAUUUGUUUGAGGCCCAAUGUAGCCCAUAAUGCAAAAUCUGGUCUAUUGCAUUUCCUAUUUCAAACACUGAACCAGCACAUUACUAUAAUUUUUUCUUCUUGACAUCACUCAUAGGCAAAGUAAGACAGAGAAUCAAUUACAAGAAGAAGAAAAAGUUUUGAAAUGUAAUGGUCUGAUCCUGUAAAGGCUUAAACGUGCAAAGAAGAAUUGAUUUAACUUUUUCUUUUUUUAAUAAAAGCUGUUGAUAACAGGAAAAAAACAUUUUAAAAAAAUCCAAACAUUUAGGGUUAGUUUUUUAAGCCUCUCACGGAUUUUGUUGAAUAGUUAGUCACGUGAAUAAGCCCUUUGAAAUCAACGGAUCCACUCUCCUGUGUUUGGCUCUUAAUUAAAGGUGGCACCCACCAUGUGCCAAAUUUCCCCAAAGAUGGUAUAUGCACGCUCAGAAACAGUUGCGUGGCCAGAAGUGGUGCAAUUGACACCUACCCUACCAUUUGUCCAGCCUGUGUGUGAAGAGGCUCUGUAUUGCGCACACAGGUACUAGUUUUCCAAAAGUGAAUGUGCAACAUAGCAUUGCACUCAAAUUGAAGCCAGCUUGUGCUCGCUUUGCUCAUCUGGCCCUGUGUCCACUUCUUAAAAAUGUAAAUAUUCUUAUGAAACCAUUUCAAACUUAGAUUCUGUGUGUGUGUGUGAGAGAGUUUUUAAAUACAGCAAAUUGCUGUGUAUUCCAGAGGACAGAGUAGAACACAUAUUGGAGAAUAUGGACGCACAACAAUAUACGGCGGAAAUUACCAAUAGCACCAUGGCAGCAUUUCUGGAAAUUAAAUCACUGAAGCUCCUUUGCUGGUUGGGCUUCUAGACCCUGCUUCAGGAAAGGAGUUACACACUUGUUUAGCUUUAAGCACAUACUUAAUUGAUUUCAGUGGACUUAAGCAAAUGCUUAACUUUAAGCACGUGCUUAUGGACCGUUUCUGAAGAGGGCUCGUUUCCUGAACUGCAGCCUUUUAUUGAAAGCUUUUUGGGGCAGGGACUGUCAUUUACUAUGUGUUUGUAUAGCAGCUAGUGCAACUGGCCCCCAUCUGAUUGGCCUCUUGGCACUACUGCAAUUGGUAUGUUCAAUUAUAAUAAUGUAACAUAAUCACUGUGGCCCCAUCUUUGAUCUGAUUGCAGGCCUGGGGCCUACAUUUUUAAAUGAAAUGGCCAGUAAAUGUAUAAUUACAAAGUGCCCCAAUACUUUGGUGAUUGGAGCCAAAAAAGAAAAAAACCUCGUCAUGGAGGACAAUGGGAGUUGAUUGCUCAGAGUGCACAGCAUCAGGCUCGAAUGUAAGCCAUCAAAACACUAAUUGCAAUAAAAAUGAUGCUUUCAAAACA